AUGCCAUCCUAUACUAAGUUCCUUAAAGAGAUUCUUUCAAAUAAAAGAAAGCUGGAAGACUACGAGACUGUUGCUCUUACAGAGGAAUGCAGUGCUAUACUGCAAAACAAACUGCUGCCAAAGCUGAAGGAUCCAGAAAGCUUCUCUAUACCUUGUCUUAUUGAAAACAUGAAAAUAGACAAGGCUCUCUGUGAUCUAGGUGCAAGUGUAAGUUUGAUGUCUCUGUCAAUAUGUAAGAAGCUGGAUGUAGAAGAGCUUAAACCCACAACAAUUUCACUACAACUGGCUGAUUGCUCUAUCAAAUAUCCGGUAAGGAUCCUAAAAAACAUCCCCAUCAAGGUGGAAAAAUUCUUCAUCCCAAUUGAUUUUAUUGUCUUGGAAAUGGAGGAAGAUGUUCAAAUUCCUAUUAUCCUGGGAAGGCCUUUCUUGGCAACCGCCGGAGCUAUCAUAGAUGUUAAGAAUGGCCACACAACAGAUAAUGAGAACACAGAAAUUGCAGCUUGUGCACAAUCUUUAGUAGUUAAUCCACCCCUACCCUUAGCUCAAGCUUUCAAUGUGGAAGAGCUAAAGGAAAGCAGUCCAAGAGCAAGUCGCAAGAAGACACUAGCGCGGUAG